AUGGUGUGGCCACAUGCGGGCCGCAUCUGCUUUGACCUGAGCUGCAUGAAUGCCAGGGAGCUGAGCUUUGAGGACUUCCCCGUGGCAGUGGAGCCUGGUGUCACCUGCAAGGCCCUCAACAGCCACUUACAGGGCACUGGGCUCUGGUUCCCUGUUGACCCUGGUGCGAAUGCCUCGCUAUGUGGCAUGACAGCCACGGGCACCUCAGGCAUCAACAUGGUGUGUUUUGGCACCAUGCACCACAACGUGCUGAACCUGCAUGUGGUACUGUCAGACAGGUGUCUCCUCCACACUGCGGGUGCCAGGAAGCAGAUGGCUGGCUACAACCUGACCUCGCUGUUCAUGGGCUCCAAGGGCACCCUGGGCUUCCUCACAGAGGCCAUGCUGCACCUGCACCCGCUGCCUGAGGCUAGCACCGCCACUGUCUUCCCCAGCAUGCAGGCAGUCAUGGAUUGUACCAUGCAGGUCCUGCAGACUAUCACGCUUGAGGCACACAUUGAGUUCCUGGAUGAGGUGAUGGUGAGUGCCUGCGGCUGCUUCAACAGCAUAAAGCUGCCAGUGGUCCCCAUGCUGUUCCUGGAGCUCCACUGCUCCUGGCACAGCUUGGCCAAGCAGCAGAGGAAGAUGGGUAGGCACAGCACCAGCGUGGGAUGAGGCUGGUGU